UUAAGCUGCCCUACAUAAUGAGGUGUUUGAUUGCCUUGGUUUUGUUUUUGCUGCUGGCUGACUUGGCUUUGGGCCAGGACUACGAUGAUGCUCUGAAUCAUAGCUAUAAUUUUAAAGCACGAAAGAGGCAUUUCGAAAAAAUCAAUAAAGCCAUUUGCUACUCGAAGCCAGACUAUGGCAAAUGCAAAGGAACUCGACGGCUCUGGUUCUUCAAUAAGUACAAGACCAAGUGCGAGAAGUUCACAUACUCGAAUUGCGGCGGAAAUCAAAAUCGUUUCUAUACCAAAGAAGAGUGCGAUAUAUUUUGUACUGAAAAGUCCAGGGAUUGGCUGAGAGAGGAUGCCGCCCAUGUGGGCUGAUUUCCA